GCAAAGGAAAGGUGUCUUUUUACCCCUUAUUGUUCAGCCUGUUUCGUCUAGAUGAGGCUGUCUGUCCAUCGUGAUCAGGUGCACUGGUUUGACAUGUGGGGAGAAAUAAUCCUGGCGGAUUUGAAGUAGUUCCCUUGGAUUUGGGGUAUUUGUUUCCCUUUAUCCGUCUUUUCGGCUUGGAGAGUUUUUUUCCCAUUUAAUCAAGAUUAGGUUAUGUGUUGAGUUUUUGGAACUGGAUUUUAUGAACAGACUUUUAAGUUCUGCUGUUUUACUUCUAUUAUAGUCAAACGCUAUGUUAAUGCACCCUUUAUGAAUGUUCAUUUGUUUAUGUUUUGUUAUUGAAUAAGAUUAGUCUUUUUGUAAAUUUGGAUGCAGACUGGAGCUGCAGGUGCAGUAGAAAAACUGUAGAUAUGAAGUCAACUUUGUACUGUUAAAAUAUACAUUUAUAAGUAUUGAUCUUUAGCUAUCUUUGUUGGAAGAUUGCUUGAAUCUCUUGUUGGAAGUGUUGGCAAGUUGCAAUAGCAAGCAUAUUGCAGCAACAUGCUGUUUGCUCACUGUUCUCAUAAAGGAGGUUUCUCUCAACUCUCAGACCGUUGCUUCCCGCCCAUUCCUUCACAGCCUGCCCCACCCCUCUGCUCCUUUACAGUUUCAUAAUACCAAGCUUACUUGCAGUCACUGUAGGGACUUGCUGUCCUGCUGUGUGGUCUGCUUAGUCCAAAUAGAAAGAAGAUUGCCUUUUUUUUCUCUCCUGUCUCCUUUUUCUAUCAUCCAAAGCCUGUUGACUGCCAAGAGAAGAAGAAAUCAGCUUUUUUUAAACUGUUUUUGCUGGUGUUUUAGUCUACGUUGACCAGAAGCAGCAUGCAGGACGAGUUUAAACAAAGAAGAAAUACCAUGGAUUUUUCCCAGCUUCACACAUACACGCCUCCACAGUGUGCCCCGGAAAAUACUGGCUAUACAUACUCUCUCAGUUCCAGCUACUCCACUGCAGCAUUAGAGUUUGAAAAGGAGCACCAGAUUGCUCCUGUGUACGAGUCGCCCAGAAUGUCACGGCGGAGCCUGCGCCUGCAGAGCGGCGCCACUCACUAUGGCAACGAGGGCCUGGCUGAUCACUGCCAUAACCAGAACAGCAGCUACAACAGCACCAGCAAAGAGAUGCGGACGCUUCGGAGCCGAAAGCAGCAGCAACAAUCUUUGUCCAGCUCGAUGUCUUUAUCUUUGAGCCAAGUGGCCACACCCCGGCAAACCCUAUCCUUCUCAGCUGUCAGCACCCCGAUUGAUGGAAGCAGCAGCAGAGUUCAGGAGAGCAGCACAGAGUUUGAAGCAUCUCAGCUCACAUCUGUUUAUAGCAGAUCUCACACGAGGAAACAGACUGUCUCCACUAUCAGCACCACCACUACAGUGGAUUUAUGCAGGGGUCAGAGCUCAGCUCAAAAAUCAAACGUCAACGGCAAAGCCAGCGCGUCGAAAUCCCACAUGGCACUCAGCAACGGAUACAUCUGCAACAACUGCUCUUUACACGCUCAGAAAACAGACGCUUGCAUGUCAAAUUCGUCAUGCCAGGCUCAAGAAGUCUCCACUGAAGCCCUCUCCUCCACAUCCUCGCCCUUCACCAGUGUGUACACCAGAGACAGGAGUCGAAAAAAUAAGACCGGUGUCCUGAUGUCAGUGUCCAACACAUGUAUGCACUACAGCAAACAAGCCCUGACCCCCGUAGUAUCCUUAGUCACUCUUCUCCUCAGUAGUGUGGUUCAGCUGGGAUCAAAGGCUGUAAGCCUGUCAGGAAAAGGUAUUCUCACAGCCUUUUUGGACUCAGUGAGACGAGCGUCAUCUUCCAGUUUGUCCAAAAUGUGGAUAUUUAGGUCAAACAUUCUCCGCAGGAUGAUGGGCUCCUCGGAAAAACGCUAUGAAGAAUCAGCACAUUCUUCUUUUUCUGGAAGCAUAAAUGUAAACGAUCAGGCGACGGACGAUUUAUCGCAUCUGAAUCUCAACGGCUCCCAGUGCAAUGACGGUACAGGGAAGCAUUAUUCUGCAGCCAACACUGUCCUCCUCACAGAGCGUUCCAGGUCCAAAGGUGUGGUGGGAGCAUUGUGGAGUGUCCUUCUUUUUACAGGUUACUGUCUCCUGCUGCCAGGUUACUUUGUGGUGAAAGCUAGCAGCGCAUUGGCUUCAGGGUUUUACUCAGGAGCAAAGAAUCUGCUUUCAUGUUUGUGGCUUCUCAUGACAACCCCAGUGAAAGCAAGCAAAGGUUUGCUUUGGUUCCUUGGGCAAGGAUGGUACCAGCUGGUGUCUCUGAUGUCUCUCCUCAACAUCUUCUUUCUGACACAGUCUGUCAGAUGUGUUCCCAGACUCUGGAAGCUCCUGUGGUUUCUUUUACCCUUUUUACUGCUCCUUGUUUUGUGGUUGUGGGGUCCGUCCGCUGCCACUCUGUUCGCCUACCUUCCAGCCAUAAACCUGACCGAGUGGAACCUUGCAUCUGCAUUCUCCUUUUCCAACUUUAAGAAGAUCCCAGCUUCGGUCCCUGUAACUGAGCCUCCAAUGAAGCAGGCUCCAGUCGCCCCGGUCUCACAGGCUACGCCGGUUCUCCCCCCUUCUACGACCUUGAAUGUGGAUUUAAAGCGUCUUGAAGAUGUGGAGCGUCAACUGGCACUGUUGUGGGAGCGAGUUAAGCAGGAAGACGAGCAGCAGGACCAGCGUCACCAGGACAUCUUUAGCCUCUACAGCAAACUGAAGGAGCAGCUGCACAUGCAGACCAACAGGGAGAGCCUGGGAGUGUGGGUGUCCUCACUCCUGGAGGAGCGACUCAGUUCGCUGAGAGAGAAACUAGAGCAGGAGAACACACAAAGAACACAGAAUGAAGAGCAGCAGGAACAACGACAGGAGAGUCAGGCUGUCCGGCUUGCUGAAUUAGAAUUGCUGCUCAAAGCUUUGUCUGGUAAAACGGAGGAAAUGCAACAGAAGCAGCAGCAGUAUGAGCACUGGAAGGAAGAGAAGGAGAAAGAGGUUGUCACACCAGCAGCAGCAGAGACACCUGUGAGCGCGGGUGUGCAGCAGGAGGACCAUGAUGCUCUGCUGGUGGAGGUGCAGAGACUUGAGGCGGAGCUGGUUAAAAUCAGACAGGAGUUACAAACAGUUGUUGGAUGUAAGGGGAAGUGCGGGCAACUGGACACACUGCAGGAGACGAUAUCUGCACAGGUGUCGUCGCAGGUGCGCAGAGAGCUGCAGGCGCUUUUCUUUGGCGCCGGUGGAUCAGAGGACCAGCAGGGCGAGGUACCAGAGUCCCUGAUCAGCUGGCUGUCCCAACGCUACGUCGGCACACCCGACCUGCAGGCGGCGCUGGCCUCACUAGAACUGAGCAUCCUGAAGAAUGUAUCGCAACAGCUGGAGCUCAGCCGAGCCCAGACUCUGACUGAAGCGGAGUCCAAAACCCAAAACAUGGUUCAGACAAUCACUGGGACUGUCCAACACACGUCCUCAUCGGAGGGACUGACGGAGGAGCAAGUGAAGCUGAUUGUCCAGAAUGCUCUGAAGCUGUUCUCCCAGGACAGAACAGGCCAGGUGGAUUACGCCCUGGAGUCUGGAGGUGGCAGCAUCCUCAGCACUCGCUGCUCUGAGACAUACGAGACCAAGACAGCCCUCAUGAGUCUGUUUGGCCUGCCGCUCUGGUACUUCUCACAGUCUCCACGUGUUGUCAUUCAGCCGGAUGUGUAUCCUGGUAACUGCUGGGCAUUUAAAGGCUCUCAAGGUUAUCUGGUGAUCAGGCUCUCCCUAAGAAUCCUACCAACAUCCUUCUGUUUGGAGCACAUUCCUAAAUCUCUGUCACCUACUGGAAACAUAACCAGUGCUCCACGCAACUUCACUGUCUUUGGUCUAGAUGAUGAGUACCAAGAUAAAGGAAAGCUGCUCGGCCACUACACUUAUGAGGAGAACGGGGAGGCAUUACAGAUCUUCCCUGUAAAGGAGGAGAAUGACAAGACUUUCCAGAUUAUCGAGGUGCGUGUGCUGUCCAACUGGGGUCACCCUGAAUACACCUGCCUGUACCGCUUCAGAGUCCAUGGAGAGCCACGGCCCGAGUGAUGCAGACAUCACCAAGCACAUCAACAAACAACGUUAAACCGUCUCUGUACAUAACACUCACUGUUUCUUCAAAGCCAGGGGGAUUCUGGAGUGUUUGUGCGUGGCACACAGAGGUUGUGGAUACUUGAAGGGAUGUGCCCAGAGUGACUUGGGGAGGUGAAGCGCUGGAGUGUCGAGGAAUAUGUGGAGAAACAGAACGUCGGACGAACCUCCCAGCCCCCUUUCAUUGCACUGAAGCUGCUCUUGAGGACACUAAGUUUGCCUGAGCUGACAAAUCCAGCCCUUCAAUUCAUGCAGGAUGGUGGGUUUGGGUUCACAGUCUCCUUUUCUUUCUUCACAUGCUGUUAGCAUCCCUACAUUUUCUGUUUAUUUGCAUUUUCUCAAUAAGAGAUCUCCUUUAGGAAAAAGACUUUUAGCCCUUUUCCUGAGAUUCUGUCCAGUCAGGUGAACUCACCACAGAUAUGUUGGCUUCACUACAUAAUGAGCUCAAUUUCAUGCUUUCUUACAUCCAUAAUAGGCUUUUUCAGAACUGAACAUGAUGCCUUUGGACAAGCUCUGAAUGUCAGCUCAAGUGGAGCUACGAUGCAAGUUUCCUUUAAUCAUAUGACAACACUAAAACCACUGACCUAAGCUCUUUUUGAUUAGUCCUGAGUCUUCAUGUGUACAUUACAUGGAAUCUAUGUCUAAUGAUGGCUAGACUCAAGAAAUAAUGCAAACAUGUGACUCCUCAAGAAGCAUUUACCACUAUGCUCAGUAACUUUUGCAUCGUGGUUGUAAAAGGUUUUCCUUCCUGGAUCUUAAAAAAUGCAUUUCUUCUGUAGACAACCGUGAGCUUUUAUUCCUUUCUAUUUCUUUAUUUUUUUUUGUCAGAAAAUGUCCUUUUUCUCGCAUCAGCUCACAACUCUAAAACUUUUGAAGGAAUGUAAUCUGUACAUUUUACUGUUGAUAGUUGGUCCUUUAUAUUAAAAACUUUUAUCAGUGUUGCUUUCAAAAAAUAGUUUUAAAAGUCAUUAUUUUUAUUGUAUUAUUUCUACUGUUACUUAUGGUUUUCCUUUCUUUUUGAUUAGUUGCGGAUUUUUGGAUUGAAAGGAUGCACUGCAAGAAAUUGUCAAAAGGUUUAUGGGCAAGGUCUUUAUAAUUUGUUUAAAAAUGGGGUAUAUUUGCAUCUAUGAGUAAGUCUAAAAUGUUAUUUGUAAAAAAGGUUUUCUUCAAUAUUUUAUUUAUUAAAAAGUUUAUUAGUGGCUGCAAAGUCUUGAGUAACUGCAAUGUAUAUUUUUGUCAAAAGGUGUUCAGUGCAUUUUGAAAUCUUUUUUGUUAAUUUUUUUUUUAGAUAAAUUGCUAUUUUUGUUCAUUAUAUUUUGUCAUGAGAUGACUUAACCUGCUUUGGAAUAUAAUUCAAUAAACCCAUUUCCAGAAAAAA